AGCGGUUGGUUAGGAAGGUAGGCAACCCGUCAUCGGUCGGAGGGGCUGUUCGCCUGCUUUCAUCCCCCAGUCUCUGGCCGACCGUCGUUUGGAGAGAAACUCUGCUUGAGUUCCACAGGUGCCUCCUCCGCUUUCCACUCGCAACCCAAACCAGUUUGUGGUGUGACCACUUGGAGCGCGCGCGUCGCGGUUUAUAAAGGCAGCAAGUCGGCAUCCCGGCCUCACACUGGAUCCCACGGUGCUCAGCGGAAUGGACAAGGACGCGCUCAAGAAGCAGAUCGAAAACAUGAAGUACCAGGCCACGAUGGAGCGCUGGCCUCUCAGCAAAAGCAUAUCCGCGAUGCGCGAAUACGUGGAGGAGAACGAAAAGAGCGACCCUUUGAUCCACGCACCCGACAAGAAGAACAACCCUUGGGCCGAGAAGGGCAAGUGCGUUAUCAUGUAAGCUGGGACCAUCCGACCUCGGCCGGCCUCCAGCGGAUAAGGAAACCACUCAUUGCUGAUUUAACUGGAAAUUAUAUUAAAAUUUUGAUUAUAUAUGGUCAGGAGAGAGCCCAAAUUUGCAAUCGUGAGAGCACGUCUUUGUAACAUCAUUGUAGUCAGCUGAAAUUUUUAUCUUUUCGAGAGCAAUUUUAUUGCGAGAUCAGAGAGUUGGCUCUUGAGAAGAGUCGCUCCACUCGCCCGUUUCAGUAUCUGCGUAUUUAAAAGUUUGGAGGCAAAAAGGUUUUGCUUUGAUCGCGAAAAUCCAAAGAUAUAAUGUGUAUUGUUAUUAUGUGAUUUAGAGCUUAGAAAAAGACCUCGUUUUUUAAUAAACACCCAAUGUUCUAUAUUUAUUUCUCGAUAACAAAGAGUUAGUAUUGUUUUCAACGGUUUAACUGCGCCAACUCUCAGUUGUGAGAGUCGCUAGUGCAGCAACAGCAGCUGAAAUAAUGUGUACUUAAUUUAACUGCGUGUAGCCAGCCGAUUUACUAAUCGAAAGGUGGAGCUAGAGCGGCGAAUGAAUUCAACGCCCCGGUUCUAAGUCAAGCACUUAACUCUGUUUCAAAUCAAAUGCUUUUUACCAAAAAGGAAAUGAUCUCGCAGAUUAUUUACCCCAACAAGACCGUGUGCGUCCAGCGAUUCGCACGCCACUUUCAAUAUGUCACCUUUCAAAUUAUGAAAAUGUUUACUAGUAUUACCGAAACUGCUUUUUAUGGAUCACUAUUACUUCUUGAUGACCGACGCGUGUCAAAAUUGUAAAAAUUCAAUCACAGCUAUGCAAAUAAAAGUUUCACACGUCUUAA